AUGGCCAAACUGACCGAUUUCCGCCUCCUGUGCUUCGACGUCUACGGGACCCUGAUCGACUGGGAAACGGGCAUCGUCGAGGGCCUGAAACCGCUGAGCGAGCCUCACAAACUCACGCGCGACCAGACGCUGGCGCUGUACCACGAGCUGGAGAAGGAGCAGCAGCGCAAGACGCCCGAGAUGCCGUACGCGCAGCUCGUGGCGGCCGUGUACCCGCAAUUCGCGGCGCGAGUGUCUGGAUCCGACGCGGCUGCGCCAUCGGCCCAAGAAUGCGAAGCGUUCGGACGGAGCGUGGGCGCGUGGCCCGCGUUUCCGGACACGGUCGACGCGCUCCGCCGCCUGUCGCGGCACUACAAGCUGGUGGUGCUGUCGAACGUGGACCGGGCGAGCUUCGCGGCGACCAACGCGGGGCCGUUGGGCGGCGUGCGCUUCGACAAGAUCAUCACCGCCCAGGACGUCGGGUCGUACAAGCCCGACCCCCGCAACUUCGAGUACAUGCUCGAGGCCGUCAAGGCCGAGUUUGGCGUCGAGAAGCACCAAGUCUUGCAGACCGCGCAGAGCCAGUUUCACGACCACCACCCGGCGAGGGAGGUGGGCAUCAAGUCCGUCUGGAUCGAGAGGCGGGGGACCAUGGGGAACCGCGACCGCGAGGUCUAUGAUUGGAAGUUUGUCACGUUGAGGGACAUGGCGGAUGCGGUGGAGAGGGAGGUCGAGCUUGCUCGUAAGUCGUAG